AUGGACGGCGAUGGCCGCCGCCUAGACGCCCCCGAAGCGCUGACGGAGGCCGGGCGCGGCCCGGGGCCCGCGGGCAUGGCGGAGCCGGCGGGGGUGCCGCGGGCGCGGGCGGCGCGGCCCGGGCCGCAGCGCUUCCUGCGGCGCAGCGUGGUGGAGUCGGACCAGGAGGAGCCGCCGGGCCUGGAGGCUGCCGAGGCGCCGGGCGCACAGCCCCCGCAGCCGCUGCAACGCCGGGUGCUGCUGCUUUGCAAGACGCGCCGCCUCAUCGCCGAGCGCGCCCGCGGCCGCCCGGCCGCCCCAGCGCCCGCCGCGCCUGCGGCACCCGCCGCGCCAGCCGCACCGCCCGGCGCCCCCAGCGACCCUGGCCCCGAUCCCGCGGGUGCGCAGGAGCCCGGCCUGGACCCGGUACUGGCGCCCGCCUCGGACGGCGGGCCUCGGGAGGAGGCGGCAGCAGAAAGGAAGGAGGACGCGGGGGCGCCCGAGGCAAGGCCGGAGCCCGGGCGGGUGCGCCGGGACGAGCCCGAGGAGGAGGAGGACGACGAGGAUGACCUCAAGGCCGUGGCCACCUCCCUGGACGGCCGCUUCCUUAAGUUCGACAUCGAGCUGGGCCGAGGCUCCUUCAAGACGGUGUACAAGGGUUUGGACACCGAGACCUGGGUGGAGGUGGCCUGGUGCGAGCUGCAGGACGGGAAGCUCACCAAGCUGGAGCGGCAGCAGUUCAAGGAGGAGGCCGAGAUGCUCAAGGGCCUGCAGCACCCCUACAUCGUGUGCUUCUAUGACUUCUGGGAGUCCAGCGCCAAGGGCAAGCGCUGCAUCGUGCUGGUGACCGAGCUGAUGACCUCCGGGACCCUGAAGACGUACCUGAAGCGCUUCAAGGUGAUGAAGCCCAAGGUGCUGCGGAGCUGGUGCCGGCAGAUCCUGAAGGGGCUGCUGUUCCUGCACACCCGGACUCCCCCCAUCAUCCACCGGGACCUCAAGUGCGACAACAUCUUCAUCACCGGGCCCACUGGCUCCGUCAAGAUUGGUGACCUGGGCCUGGCCACCCUCAAGAGAGUGUCCUUUGCCAAGAGCGUGAUAGGCACCCCAGAGUUCAUGGCGCCCGAGAUGUACGAGGAGCACUACGCCGAGUCGGUGGACGUCUACGCCUUCGGGAUGUGCAUGCUGGAAAUGGCCACCUCGGAGUACCCCUACGCGGAGUGCCAGAACGCCGCCCAGAUCUACCGCAAGGUCACCUGUGGCAUCAAGCCGGCCAGCUUCGAGAAGGUGCAGGACCCAGAGAUCAAGGAGAUCAUCGGGGAGUGCAUCUGCAAAAACAAGGAGGAGAGGUACGAGAUCAAGGACCUGCUCAGCCACGCCUUCUUCGCAGAGGACACAGGCGUGAGGGUGGAGCUGGCUGAGGAGGACCAUGGCAGGAAGUCCACCAUUGCCCUGAGGCUAUGGGUCGAGGACCGAAAGCUGAAGGGCAAACCCAAGGACAACGGGGCCAUCGAGUUCACCUUCGACCUGGAGCGGGAGACACGGGAUGUUGUGGCACAGGAGACAAUCGAGUCUGGCUUCUUCCACGAGAGCGAUGUGAAGAUAGUGGCCAAGUCCAUCCGCGACCGCGUGGCCUUGAUCCAGUGGCGGCGGGAGAGGAUCUGGCCGGCGCUGCAGCCGCAGGAGCCGCCGGACCCGGGCAGCCCCGACAAGGCCAGGGGCCUGCACGUGCCCCUGCAGGUCCAGGUGACCUACCGUGCGCAGGCCGGGCCCCCGGAGCCCGAGGAGCCCGAGGCGGAUCAGCACCUCCUCCCCACGGCGCUGCCCGCCAGUGCCACCUCGCUGGCCUCGGACAGCACCUUUGACAGCGGCCAGGGCUCCACCGUGUACUCGGACUCGCAGAGCAGCCAGCAGAGCGUGGUGCUGGGCUCGCUGGCGGACGCGGCCCCGCUCGCCGCCCAGAACGUGUGCAGCCCCCCGGUCAGCGCAGGUGAGGGGCCUGUCCUGUCGCACAGCCUGCCCUCCCUGGGGGCCCACCAGCAUCCUGCCACGCCUGGCCUGUCGGUGGGCUCUGUUCCACCCCCCACCCGUACCUCGCUCCCGCCGCAGCAUUUCCCGGAGCCUGCCACCAGCUUUGCCCCUGUGCUGACUGGCCCCGCCUUGCCUAUGCCCUCGGGACACCAGGUGAAGAAGCCCCUUCUCCUGCAGCCUCCUCCACUGGCCCAGCCAGCACCCCUGCCACAGGUCCUGGCCCCAAAGCCUGUGGGCCCUCUUCAGCCGGUGCCCCCACACCUGCCUCCAUACCUGCCUCCCACCUCCCAGGUGGCCCCAGUGCCGCCGAAGCCCGUCCAGAUGCCGCCAGCGCCCCUGCAGCCACUCACCCAGGUCCCUCCACAGAUGCCUCCGCUCCCUGUCAUCCCGCCUCUCGCUCCGCUGGCCGCGGUCGACAGCCUCCCCUCUGCCCUCCCCGACCUGCCGGCUGCCAGUGGGCCUGCGGUGCCUCCGCCCUCUCAGUAUUUCUCUCCUGCUGUCAUCUUGCCGAGCCUCCCGCUCGGUGCCACCGCCCCCCUGCCUGCGUCGCCGGCCCUGCCUCUGCAGACGGUCCAGCUCCCCCACCCCGCUGGGGCACCGCUGGCCGUGCCAUGCCGGACCAUCGUGCCAAAUGUGGCGGCCACUGCCACCGCCAUCCCUCUGCUGGCCGUGGCCCCUCAGGGCGUGGCCGCCCUGUCCAUCCAUCCUGCCAUGGCCCCGCUGCCGGCCCAGCCUAUAUACCAGGCCGCCUUCCCACAGAUGGUACCCGGCGACAUCCCACCUUCUCCCCUCCACACGGCACAGACCGUGAGGGCCACCCCUCUGCAGCCGGCCCCCCCUGUGCUGCCGCAGCCCCACCAGCCAAGCGUCGCCCACCUUCCUGAGCAGACUGCUUCGGCCCCCACGGUGGGGAGCCAGAUCCUGCUGGGCCACCCGCCUCCCUACGCUGUGGACGUCCCUGCCCAGGUGCCCGCGGUGCCCGCUCCCGCCGCCGUCCUCUCCCCACCUCCGCCCGAAGUGCUGCCGCCCAGCGCCCCCGAGCUCCCGCCUCAGCCCCCCAGCUCCCUGGCCCCCACGGUGCUGGCUGCUCCUCAGGGCUGGCCUGUCCAGACCGCCGCGUUGCCACCUGCUAGCCUGCCGCUGCCCAGGGGGCCUGGGGCCUCCAGCCCCUGCCCAGCUGUCCAGCUGACUGUGGAGUUGGCUCCGGAGGAGCAGGCCUCCCAGGACAAGCAGCCUGGCACCCUGCAGAGCUGUGAGAGCUACGGAGGGUCUGAUGCCACUUCCGGAAGGGAGCUGAGUGACAGCUGCGAAGGCACCUUCGGGGGCGGGAAGCUGGACGGCAAGCCUGCCCGGAGACACCACCGCCGGUCCACGCGCACACGCUCCCGCCAGGAGAGGGCCAGCCGACCCCGGCUGACCAUCCUGAACGUGUGCAACACGGGCGACAAGAUGGUGGAGUGCCAACUGGAGACGCACAACCACAAAAUGGUCACGUUCAAGUUCGACCUGGACGGGGAUGCGCCCGACGAGAUUGCCACCUACAUGGUGGAGCACGACUUCAUCCUGCCGGCCGAGCGGGAAACGUUCAUUGAGCAGAUGAAGGACGUCAUGGACAAGGCGGAGGACAUGCUCAGUGAGGACACGGACGUGGACCAUGGCUCCGACACUGGGGCCAGCCCGCCGCCCCUGAGCACCUGCAGCCUGGGUGCCGGAGAGGAGAGUCGCCAGUCCCAAGCAAAUGCCCCAGUGUAUCAACAGAACGUCCUGCACACCGGGAAGAGGUGGUUCAUCAUCUGUCCGGUGGCUGAACACCCAGCUGCAGAGGCCCCCGAAUCCUCGCCCCCACUUCCUCCGAGCUCCCUGAAGCCCGAAGCCGGCCCAGAUCCAGCACCCUGUAGAGACCAGUUGCCCUUGAAGGAACAACCUGGUGUCCUGGCCGGUUUGCAGCUUCUGAACCAAGCAGGCUCCAGGGACACCUCUGGGGCCCCACCAGCCCCUUCGGUGCCAUCCUCCCCUCCUGUGACUGCUGUUCCCCAGGAGACGGCUACACCCACGGCCAGCCCCAAGCCAGAGCCAGCAAGGGGGGCUGCCACGCAGGCAGGGGACCCCGUGACUUCUCAGGGGAUGGCCAGCCAGGGUGACGCUUCCCAGCUGCUGGCAGAGACUCACGAUGCCCAACCUGCUGCAAGGCCCUUGGAUGUGGCCCGAGGACCUUGCGUUUCCCCUCCGGAGACCCCCCAUCACCCCACAGGUCUCGGGGAGCCUGCCUCAGCCAGGGAGGCCAAUACCCAGAUGGAGACCCUGCCAGCUCCAGCCCCUGUGCCCAGUGCCUCUGGCGAGACCCCUCAGCCUGCCCCAGGCCAGUCCCUACCUCCACUCCCUAAUGUGGUGGGGGCUGUCGGCCUGGCUACACCCCAGCUCCCAAGCCCUCCACUGGGGUCCAGCACCCUCCCCCAGCCUGUGUCAGCCUUGGAGUCGGACGGUGAAGGGCCGCCCCCCCGGGUGGGCUUUGUAGACAGCACCAUCAAGAGCCUGGAUGAGAAGCUACGGAAUCUGCUCUAUCAGGAGCAUGUGCCCACCUCCUCCGCUUCAGCUGGGACCCCUGUGGAGACGGGCGACCGAGACUUUGCCCUUGAGCCCCCGACAGGGGAUCUGCCCUACACAGAGGCCCCCAGGGGGGACCAGGCCUUGCCACCCCAGCUUCUGCUGGACAAGUCUGAACUGGCCUCUGGGCUCACGGCUGCGUUGGAGCAGGCCUCGUCCUCACCAGUGACAGCAGCAGCGUCUGCCAGCAGUGCGCUGGGCUCGGAUGGAGGACAGGCGGCCGCGGGCUCCCCUGCGACUCCCGCUGCCCCUCAGGACGCUCCCGCUUCCACUGGCCCUGCACGUCCGGAGCUCACAGGUCGCAGCGGCGGGGUCCCUGGGGAAGCCUCCGCCGAGCCUGCGCAGCGCUGCCCCCGGAUGCUGACCAAGGGCAGUCAGGCCAGCCGCCCCCAGACGCACAGCACUCUGACCUCAGGGUCCCCUUGGAAGCAGCCAGGACAGCAGGAUGGCAGCUCGCCAGCCAAGACCGUGGGCCGGUUCUCUGUAGUGAGCACCCAGGAUGAGUGGACCCUGGCCUCCCCCCACAGUCUGCGGUACUCGGCCCCACCUGAUGUGUACCUGGAGGAGGGGCCCCACAGCCCCGAUGUGAAGCUGGCCCUGCGGCGUGUGCAGACGGCUUCCUCCAUCGAGGUCUGCCCCGGCGAGCCUGUGUCCAGUGACUCGGGGGACGAGUGCCCGCACAGGAGGGCCCCUGUGCUCAAGCACGGCUCCCUGCCCAGGAGCAGUGGCAGUGUGGCUAGCGACUUCGUGAGGAAAGCCACUGCCUUCCUGCACAGGUCCUCAAGGGCUGGCUCCCCUGGCCCCGAGACACCCAGCAGGAUGGGUGUGAAGGUCCCCACCAUCAGCGUGACCUCCUUCCAUUCCCAGUCUUCCUACAUAAGCAGCGACAAUGACUCAGAGAUCGAGGAUGCCGACAUCAGGAGGGAACUGCAGAGUCUGCGAGAGAAACAUCUGAAGGAGAUCUCGGAGCUGCAGAGCCAGCAGAAGCAAGAGAUUGAAGCCUUGUACCGCCGCCUGGGCAAGACACUGCCCCCCAACCUGGGGCUCUUGCACACUGCGCCCCCCACUGGCCGCCGGAGGAAGACCAGCAGGAGCAAGCUGAAGGCCGGGAGGCUGCUGACCCCACUGGUGCAGCAGCUCAAGGUCGUGGCCUCCAGCACAGGUCAUUUGUCAGACUGUAGCAGAGCCCCUCCUGCUAAGGACCCCAGCAGACCCGGGGCAGGGCCCGCAGCGGUGGCAGACUCCUGCAGGGAGGCAGUUCAGACCCAGCAGCCUUGCUCCGUGCGGGCCUCCUUGUCUGCAGACAUCUGCUCCGGCUCAGCCAGUGAUGGAGGCGGAGCGCGUGGCCCAGGCUGGACGGUUUCCCACCCAACGUCUGAGAGAGUGACCUAUAAGUCUAGUAGCAAACCUCGUGCUCGAUUCCUCAGUGGACCCGUGUCUGUGUCCAUCUGGUCUGCCUUGAAGCGUCUCUGUCUGGGCAAAGAGCACAGCAGUCGUAAUUAUCAGUCCCCAGGGUCCUCCACCAGCAGCCUGGUCCCAGGCCCCGAGGCGGGCCCCCCACCUGCCCUGCAUGUCCAGGCUCAGGUGAACAACAGCAACAACAAGAAAGGCACUUUCACGGACGACCUGCACAAGCUGGUGGACGAGUGGACCAGCAAGACGGUGGGGGCUUCGCAGCUGAAGCCGUCGCUCAACCAGCUGAAACACACACAGAAGCUGCAUGACAUGGAGGCGACGGCUGGCUGGCCCCCGGCCCCCCGCGAGGUGCGGGCUAUGAACACACCUGGAGCAGCAGUAGGCACGCCAUGUCUGGCCCUGGCGUCUGGCCCUUUGCCCACCACGGUCAUUCCCGGAACGGCCCUGGCCCUGCCCGUGCCCAUGCCAGAUUCUGAGAGUGAGAAGCCCAUCUGAGCCCAGGCAGGCUGACCUGACCCCAGCGCCAGGCCCUGAGUCGUCUGUGCAGAGAAGGCGAGUCUGCCCCUCGCGUCAGCUCACACUGUUUUGUAACUACUU